UAUGUGGUGUGACCCUGUAGUUAGAAUGAGCAAACCUAAAAAACCCCAAGACAUCGGGUUCUACGCCCUUGAGAAGAAAAUUGGUUUUACAGAUUUAAGAUUUUUAUUGCGUGAGACGUCACAUAAUAACAGCGAAGUUUCGACGGACGAGACGAGACCACCUUGCACCAGUGUAAAGACGAGCGUCAAAACCACUUUCACCGCUUUCAAAACUCGGUAUCACGUCCGGACGCUAGAUAGCGCUACGGAGGUAGACAUGCCGAAGAAGAGACGACGCUUGCGGAAACGAAAAACAAGUUUCGACGCUAAGAUUGGAGAUCAACUUAAAGCAAAGACUCCAACAAAUGCCACGGAAUAUCCGAAGUCUGCUACACAGCCUCAGCACUUCCAAAUGGGAGACCACCCCACCAACAAGAAACCAUAAAAUUUUGCCUCUAAAGAAAUAAAACACAACUUGAAA